AACAAUAUUCUCAGGAGGGGGAACUCUUCCUACCAAAAUGGUUUGGUUUGGAUUUGUGGGUUUUUUCUUCUUCCUUUCAUGGAAAAUCACACUGACAUUUUAACCUUGCCAUUCUUUAGGAGUCACAAACAUUAGCAAACCACCUGGGAUUACCAGUGCUUGACCUUCCGUGUUGUUAGCUGGCAUGGCUGCUGUACUUCUUAGGUUGGAAGAUUUGUUUUAUACUUGGGACAGCCUAGCGUGGAACCUGACUUCGCGGGUCCUGGGUACUUCUUGGUUCAGAAAUCUUCAGGUUGUGCGACUCAUGCUUAAACCAUGGUGCAUCUCCAGAGCUGUAUACCAGAUGACAGAGGGCCGCCGGUGUCAAGUGCACCUUCUUGAUGACAGGAAGUUGGAACUCCUUGUGCAGCCCAAGCUUUUGGCCAAGGAGUUACUAGACCUAGUGGCAUCACAUUUCAACCUGAAAGAGAAGGAAUACUUUGGAAUUGCCUUCACGGAUGAGACGGGGCAUCUGAACUGGCUUCAGCUGGACCGCAGAGUGCUGGAACACGACUUCCCCAAAAAGUCCGGACCGGUUGUUCUGUACUUUUGUGUGAGGUUCUACAUUGAGAGCAUAUCUUAUCUCAAGGAUAAUGCUACUAUUGAGCUGUUUUUCUUGAAUGCAAAGUCCUGUAUAUACAAGGAGCUCAUUGAGGUUGACAGCGAAGUUGUGUUUGAAUUGGCUGCAUACAUCUUGCAGGAAGCAAAAGGAGAUUUUUCAAGCAAUGAAAUCGUAAGGACUGACUUAAAGAAGCUUCCAGCUCUUCCAACACAAGCACUUAAGGAGCACCCAUCUCUUGCUUACUGUGAAGACCGAGUUAUUGAGCAUUACAAGAAGCUAAAUGGCCAGACAAGAGGUCAAGCCAUUGUCAAUUACAUGAGCAUUGUAGAAUCCCUUCCAACGUAUGGAGUCCAUUAUUACGCAGUCAAGGACAAGCAGGGAAUUCCUUGGUGGUUAGGACUUAGCUACAAGGGGAUCUUUCAGUAUGAUUACCAUGACAAAGUGAAACCAAGAAAGAUCUUCCAAUGGAGACAACUAGAGAAUCUUUACUUCAGAGAGAAAAAAUUUUCUGUAGAAGUGCAUGACCCCCGCAGGGCAUCUGUGACUAGAAGGACUUUUGGACACAGUGGCAUCGCUGUACACACAUGGUAUGCCUGUCCUGCCUUGAUAAAGUCCAUCUGGGCUAUGGCCAUUAGCCAGCAUCAGUUCUACUUGGACAGAAAGCAAAGUAAGUCCAAAAUUCAUGCAGCAAGAAGCCUGAGUGAGAUUGCAAUUGACCUGACUGAAACUGGAACUCUGAAGACCUCCAAAUUAGCCAACAUGGGAAGCAAAGGAAAGAUUAUCAGUGGCAGCAGUGGGAGCCUUUUAUCAUCAGGUUCCCAAGAGUCAGAUAGUUCUCAGUCUGCCAAGAAAGACAUGCUCGCUGCUUUGAAAUCCAGGCAAGAAGCUCUGGAGGAAACACUGCGCCAGCGCCUGGAAGAGCUAAAGAAACUGUGUCUCCGAGAAGCAGAACUUACAGGAAAAUUGCCAAGAGAAUAUCCCCUCGAUCCAGGAGAAGAGCCCCCAGUUGUGCGAAGAAGAAUAGGUACUUCCUUUAAACUGGAUGAACAGAAAAUACUGCCAAAAGGAGAGGAAGCUGAGCUAGAACGCUUGGAGAGAGAGUUUGCCAUUCAGUCACAGAUCACGGAAGCUGCUCGGCGGCUAGCCAGUGACCCCAAUGUUAAUAAGAAGUUGAAGAAACAAAGGAAAACCUCCUACCUUAAUGCACUGAAGAAACUCCAAGAGAUUGAAAAUGCCAUCAAUGAGUACCGUAUCAAAUCUGGAAAGAAGCCAACACAAAGAGCCUCCCUGAUUAUAGAUGAUGGAAAUAUUGCCAGUGAGGAUAGUUCUCUCUCAGAUGCCCUCGUUCUGGAGGAUGAAGAUUCUCAGGUUACCAGCACAAUAUCCCCUUUACAGUCACCUCACAAAGGACUCCCUCCACGCCCUCCCUUGCAUAAUAGACCCCCGCCUCCUCAGUCGCUGGAGGGACUCAGGCAGAUGCAUUAUCACAGGAAUGAUUACGACAAGUCCCCUAUCAAGCCCAAGAUGUGGAGUGAGUCAUCCUUAGAUGAACCCUAUGAGAAGGUCAAGAAACGCUCCUCUCACAGCCAUUCCAGCAGUCACAAGCGGUUUCCCAGCACCGGGAGUUGUGCAGAAGGUGGAGGGAGUAACUCUCUACAAAACAGCCCAAUUAGGAAUCUUCCCCAUUGGAACUCCCAGUCCAGCAUGCCAUCGACACCAGAUCUACGGGUACGCAGCCCACAUUAUGUGCAUUCCACUAGAUCAGUGGACAUCAGCCCUACUAGGCUGCAUAGUUUAGCACAGCACUUUAGACACAGAAGCUCCAGUUUAGAGUCUCAAGGCAAGCUCCUUGGGUCGGAAAAUGAGACGGGGAGCCCUGAUUUCUACACCCCCAGGACUCGUAGCAGUAAUGGCUCUGACCCCAUGGAUGAUUGCUCCUCCUGCACCAGCCAUUCCAGCUCUGAGCACUACUACCCAGCUCAGAUGAAUGCAAACUAUUCCACACUGGCUGAGGAUUCCCCCUCCAAAGCUCGCGAGCGUCAGAGGCAGAGGCACAAGUCGGCGGGGAAUCUGGUCUCCUCUAAUUCAGGGAGCAUGCCCAACCUGGCUGCGAGGAAUGGGACUGGCCACCAUGGAGUCUAUCUGCACAGCCAGAGCCAGCCUUCCUCCCAGUACAGGAUCAAAGAGUACCCUUUGUACAUUGAAGGGAGCUCCACACCAGUGGUGGUGCGCAGCCUGGAGAAUGACCAGGAAGGACACUAUAGCGUGAAAGCACAAUUUAAAACGUCCAACUCGUACACCGCAGGAGGGAUGUUUAAGGAGAACUGGCACGGGGAUGAAGUAGACUCAGUAAGACUGACCCCUUCCCGUUCUCAGAUCAUAAGGACUCCAUCUUUGGGCAGAGAGGGUCAUGAGAAGGGGUCAGGAAGGACUGUGGUGUCAGAUGAACUGAGGAUGUGGUACCAGCGGUCCACGGCCUCCCACAAAGACCACAGCCGCUUGUCGCACACAAGCUCCACGUCAUCGGAUAGCAGCUCCCAGUACAGCACCUCCUCACAAAGCACCUUUGUGGCACACAGCAGGGUAACAAGGAUGCCUCAGAUGUGCAAAGCAACAUCAGCUGCCUUACCACACAGUCAGAGGAGUUCAACACCAUCUAGUGAGCUAGCAGCUACACCACCAAGCAGCCCACAUCACAUCCUAGCCUGGCAGACAGGAGAUGCAACAGACAACUCACCCACUAUGGAUGAGUCUCAUUCUCCAACUCAACCAAGUACUGAUGAAUAGAGGAGCUACAGUGAUAGCUGUUACUUGGAUUCCCCUCUCUAUUCAGAAUUAGCUGAUGUCCAGUGGUAUGGACAGGAGAAAGCCAAGCCUGGAACUCUUGUGUGAAUCCCCUUGACCUCAGUCGUUGAAACGCAUCAAUGCCAUUCUGAAAAUCACCUCACUGCCUCUCAUUUGCCUUACCCAGAUGCACUGGCGCCUGACACCAGCUUAAGUUAAAGCACUUUUCGCAAAGGCAAUUGAAGAUGAUGUUACAGAAGUCGCUCUGAUAUGAAUCCAUGCCCAGUCAGUGGUGAAAGACAAGUUCCUUCAAUUCAGGUUACUGUAGACUGCCAUGUGCCUCACAGACUCAACCAGAAGCAGAAGGCAACUCUACAAAGAACUAUGAAGCCAGUAAACAGCCAAGUCAAGCUACUGAAGGUUACAUAAAUAAUCUUGCUCUUUGGCAUGUAAAACUAUCCUAACUAUUGAACUCUAAAGUCAAAGUACUAGUUAAAAGAUAGGGUGACAGCUAUUGUGAAAUACCUUUACUGAAAAGGACUUGGGAGCGAACACAAUACUAUCAUUUCAAAGAUGGGCCAGAAUACUGCAAUUUGUUCUGUACUGCCAAAGAUUUCAGUAGCUGUCUGUCUUGAAGCAUAUAUCUAACAUUUUCUGACUUUUCAGAAGUAGACCUAAUAUUCUGUUACUUGUUCUGCCUUCUUCAUCUUGGUGCCCCCAACACCCAAUUAAAUCAGUCUUAUAUGAAAUACUGCAAUCUUGGAAGAUCACUUGGGUAAAGCCACGGGAACAGAGGCACCCAAGGGCAUCAGCAAGAAGAGGGGCAAGUAUAAUUGCUUCUAUUAAUAUCUCUAUGAAUAGUUGCAAGCAAAAUCCUUAAUACAAUUUAAGAACGCCUUCUGUGAUCAUUUGUGAAAUAAAAAUGCCAAAAAGCUUUAGGAAUAAAAUAUAUCAAUUGGUGUAGACAACAACAUGUCAAAUCAAGGGAAAACAUAGUAUGGUCUAGUAAACUGGACCUCAAAAUUCAUUUAUACUGGUGUAGCAAAGGGCUUAUUGACUGGCCAAGGACAUGCACUAUGCUUUAAAGGGGAGGGCUUUGAUGUCUAUUUGUUUACCAGCAGGCUAGGUCAUUUUCCUAGACUACUAAAAAUGGACCAUUAAGAUUUUUUGCAUUUGAUAUAGAACAUUGUUGUCUGCCAAUACCAAAAGAGAGGAAACUUCAAGUUUACAUAUACACUUGAGCAAUGCUUUUUAUACACACAUCUAGAAAGCCAUCAAACUUUUAAAAGGCCUCAAUACUUUUAUAAUGAACACAUGCACGAUCUCUAAGCCCCUGGUCAGCAACUAAUUUUGCUAGAGGACCACUUUGCAAAGAGACAGUCUGGGAUGGGGGGCGGGGGGGAGAUGACAAUCCUCAACUGCCCAUGGUCCUGCCUGAAAGUCCCACUGUCACAGCCACCACUCCCUCACUUUCCUAUUUUGCCUCUAGACUUGAAAUUGUGAGGGCUAGAAAGCACCUUUCAGGGGUUGCAGUCACGAGUCCGCCCCUAAGUUGGAAGAUUGUGGAGAAGGCACAUCAAGUCUUCUGCGGUGCUGUGCUGUUUUUAUGGCAUUGGAUGGCCAAGUGUUUUGUGCCCCUCCCCCAGUUGUGUAUACAUGUGCAGCUGACAAGAUAAAGGACACUCCAAGGAAAUUAAUGUGCCAAAAGAACUAAAUAGGCUUUAGUUAGCCUUUAAAAAUAUCUGUGUGCAUAUUCCAAGGAAGAAUCCCAUGCUGCUAAUACCAGAAAAGCAACAGUAAAAAAGAAAAGAAUCCCAAUCCCCCAAAUUGAGCUUAAAAGCAACUGCUUUUUCAGCAGGAAAAGGUUUCCCACAGGCACUGUCUAAAAGCAGGAACAGAACAAAGAGAAAGAGAGAUAGCAAACAGAACAAGUACACAUAGGAUUGAUCCAGGAUAUUUGUCAUUUCUACUACAUAUUCACUAGGAAGACUUUUCCUAAAUACCUCCAUCCUAAAUACUUCUGCAGUGACAGCAACCAAGACCCACCGACAGGCAGAACCUGUAUAACAGCAGUCUCUCUUACUCAGGACAGUGGCCACACUCCUUCACAAAAUCAAGCUGCUCAAAUUCCAGUGACUUCUGUGAGAUUUAAGCACCUUAAGUUUGGGCAGCUUUGCAGAUUUAUGGUGCUGGGUUUUUAAAAUGAAGAGGAACACACACAACAUACAUCGACAAUGGUUAUUUUAAAGUUUCCUUUCCCUCACAAACAUCCUCGCCUUAAUAGAUUUAUGGUGCUGGGUUUUUAAAAUGAAGAGGAACACACACAACAUACAUCGACAAUGGUUAUUUUAAAGUUUCCUUUCCCUCACAAACAUCCUCGCCUUAAUUUGUGUUGACUCUGCCACUCUACUGGCAUCAUCCAGCUGGUGACUUCUAACACAAAUCAUAAAUUAGACCAGGGGUCUCCAACAGGGUCUGCUAGUACCCCUAGGGCUCGGAGCCCUCCUGUCUCCCUACGCUGAAGCUGUGCUAUUUCUUCCCCAUCUGAGAAUCACCGCUUGAAGCAGACACAUCCUCAGCUACGUUUCCACUGCAGGAGGGGAUGGAGGAGGCUGAAGAUUCCCCUGUUUCUAAUUGGCUAGCUAUCCACUGAAGCUCAGUGUACUCAACAGACUUCAUAAAAUUAGCACUAAGUACUCCCUUUGAAAUGUAGAAGCAAUUUCAGUGUGAAUAUAGUACUCAUGAAUAACUUAGUCUGGAUGUAUGCCAGUGAUUGGAGUAGAGAGCGAGGGAGGAAGAACGUACAGACUCUCUCUCUAUAAGGUAGCCGAGUUGAAGGUUUGCAACAGAAUGGGUACAUACUUGUUAAAGGUUGGGAACCCCUGGACUUAAACCAAUUUAAACAGUCAUUUCCUCACCUCAAGCAACUGUAGUUCUUGGGGUGGGGGUAGGGAUUAUUAACAUAAUUCUUAGCCCCUUCAUAUAAUCACCAGAAUUGUUCAGGGGGAAGCAAUGACAGUUGUGUUUUAAACCAGUGUGUGUUAUACACCAAUCACCACCUAAGCAACAUUGUUUUAAUUUGUACUGAAAUUAACCAAAAUGCUUGCUCACCAUCUUGCUUUUAGUAAGCAACUUCUAAGAAGCAACCUUGACUUUUGUGCACCAUCUCUCAGCCUCAAGAGCACACAUUCCUGCCCCUAUCCACAGGAGUCAGAAGAAUUCUGCUUCCUAAUUGGGCUAGAAACAAGCUAGGAUUGGUCAUGACCUCUGAACUGGCUGAUCCUGGCUAAUUCUCUUCAUAAACCACAAUCUGAACCCAGAGUUUGAAGCUAGGUUCAGAUUCUGAUUUAUUUUAAGCACCUUUCUUAGAAUAGUGUCACAACUGAUCCUAGCUUGUUUCUAAAUAGUGUCUUCCUGUGCAAGCAGGGGAGGCAGAAGUGCUUGCUCCUGAGGCAGAAAGAUGGUGUGUGAAGCCAAGAUUUAAUCCCAACUCCCCAGGAUGUCUCAACUGGUCCAGUGGGAACUAUGGCCCAUUUAAGUUAUUUGUUACCAGUGUAUUUCAUUAGUUUCGACAGGACUUAGUCGCACCUAACCGGAGUUCUUUUUCACCAGACAGUUUAGAUUAGCUACAAUAAUAUACAACCUUACCCAUCUAUUACAUCCUAGUGGGAUCUGGCAUAUUUAGCGGAAAUGGUGGCACCCCCUAAAUAAAUAAUUUUGGGACUCAAAAUUUGCAAAAAUAAAACACAUUCUUGAACUGUCUGCAAACAGACUUGGGGAGGGGACAGCUUUUGUUGUUUGCGGGAGGGCAAUUUUUUUGUUUUGUUUUGCAAUCAAGGCACUUGUGAGCCAGUCUGGUAGUAAAGACAGAAGUUAAGUAAAACAGGUUUUACUGUUUAACUCAAUUCAGUUAUACAAAAUGUAUAUAAAAUGUUAAUCAGGAGAUUAACGUGUUUUGAGUAUAACAUGAAGGGGCAAACCAUAGCUAUUGUAUACAAGCACUUGACUACCCCAUUAAAAAGCCCUUUCAAUUUUGCUUUUAUAUACAUUAAAAUUAAAAUGGUAUCUGGUCUGAUAUUGCAUUUUGUCUCUAUGUACAAACUUCCCCCAUCUCCCUGCCUAGCUUUGUAUAUGCAUAUACAUCAUAUGACAUGGUGGGCAGGGUUUAUUUUUUAAAUGAUAUUAUAUAAGUUGAGUGUUGAAAAUGUUCAGAAAGAAAAAGGUUCAAUUUGGGGUUUCCCCCCACCCCACCCAGUAUUAGUUUUAGUUUUGGACAUAGCAAACCCCAUUCAGGUGCUAUCAGAUGACCAGUUACUGCUUAGUUAACUAGAUGUAAAGUUUCAUAUAUAUAAAUAUAUAUAUAUUAAUGUCAAUAGUUUUAUUACAGGUUGUGCAAAAUGGACUCUAGUUUAAAAUAAGAAAAAGAUUAGAAUUCUUCUGAAACUUACUGUAGAGCAUGUAAAAAUGAUUUUACUGAAUCCUGUGCAACGGUAAUCAAGGGGAAGAAAAAUGUUAAGUUGUAGAAAGUUUGCAGAAUUUUUUUUUAAAAAUCUGCUUUUAAUUUAUUCUUUUUGUAUUAAAAAUUUGUAUAGUUACCUUUACAUUUUGCAAAAACAGUGUUGUCAACACUUCCUUAUUAAAGCAUUUUCAAGAUGA